UCAGUUUGUUUAGUUUGUAUUUAGUUUUUUUUUUGUUUUUUUUUUUUCUGAAUCGCCAACACCAAAUUCAUUCGUGCAAAUUGGACAUCAACGAUUUUCAGACAAUAGAAUCGUACGAUUUGAUAAAAUUUGAUAAGUGUGAAAAAGACAACAGAAAAAAAAGUUACAACAAUUGUCACCGAUAGAAAUAGUUUCAUUUGGUAAUGGAUAAGCGGGAUCUUUUUUAAAAGUGAUGCGAAAAGAAAGAGAAAUAAAAUUGCUACAAAAAAAAAAAAACUGAAGAAAAUAUAGAAAAAAUAAAAAAAAAAACAAAUUGAAAGAAGUAUUUUUUUUUUGUAAAUUCUGAUUUCGGGUUUGGUGUUUAUUUGUCUCGUAUUCGCGAUAUGUUAAUUCAGUGAAGUAAGACAGACAAAGAGGCAGAGAUCGAAUCGGUGUAUAUGGCUUGAGUUACAUGUGUUCAAUUUUAUGAACGUUUGAUUAUACGUAUGUAAAUAUAGAUAGGAUUUCCUUUGUUUUUGUUGUUGUUGUCGUGUGUAUAUUAACGGAAUCAGUAAUAGACAUCGACCCGACUAUACAUAUAAUCGCACAACUAGAGCUUGAUUCAAUACUAAAUGGCUAGAAAGUAGAAUUCAACUUAAUUCAAAGAUUCUGUUAUCGAACCAACGACGCAGCAAAACUAAAAUUUACGCAGAGAAAAAGAGGGAGAGAGCGACAAGAAGAGAUAUAGAAAGAGAAAAUAAAGUGCACAGUUAAAGGGGCGAAACAUACGCAACGUAAACAUUUAACGCCGGGAGAAUACUUUUAGUUGUGAAAUUGAAAAUUUAGUCAAGUUUCGUUUGGUUUUAGUAUUGCAUAUAAUAAACCAAUUCGCCACUAUCAUUCAAAAUGUUACCAUUUACACCGCCGGUUGUCAAACGGCUGUUGGCAUGGAAAAAAGGAAAUGACGACUCGUCGAUCGAGGGUAAAUGGUCAGAAAAAGCCGUCAAAAGUCUAGUGAAGAAGCUGAAAAAAACCAGCGCACUUGAAGAACUGGAAAAAGCGAUCUCAACACAAAACCCGUACACCAAAUGUAUCACAAUACCCAGAGUGCGACCAACUAACGGUGAAAACGGUGUAGCACUGCGAAAAGGAUUACCGCAUGUGAUUUAUUGCCGUUUAUGGCGCUGGCCAGAUUUACAAAGUCAAAAUGAACUAAAAGCGCUGGACAAUUGCGAAAACGCGUUCCAUUUGAAAAAGGACGAAGUAUGCAUAAAUCCAUAUCACUACAUGAAAAUUGAGCAACCGCUAGCUUACGUGUUAGUACCAAAGAAUUUACCACAGUCGCAACAACAGUUCGGCACACUCAACAACGGUCAUUCAUCUAAUUCGGCCGUUGUUGGCGGUGGGUUUAGUGGUAGCGCAAGUGAUUCCAUUUCACAACAAUAUCCAAAUCAAUUAGGAUUAAGUUUACAGCAGCAGCAGCAACAACACAUCCCAUACAUGGAGGCAACAUUGAAUCAACAGAUCCCGGGGAAUACAACCAUCAUGGAUUCCACAAAUGUUAGCAUCGGAUCUGUGGGAAGCAUCCCGAGCACGGAAACACCACCACCCGGAUAUAUGUCCGAAGAUGGUGAUCCAAUGGAUCAAAAUGAUAACAUGAGUAUGACAAGAAUAUCUCCGAGUCCUCAACUUGAUGCUCAACCUGUGCUAUAUCAUGAGCCAGCAUUUUGGUGUUCAAUUGGAUAUUAUGAGCUUAACACAAGAGUUGGCGAAACAUUUCACGCGUCUCAACCAUCCAUCACAGUAGAUGGCUUCACGGAUCCAUCCAAUUCAGAAAGAUUCUGUUUGGGCUUACUGUCAAAUGUCAAUCGAAACGAAGUGGUGGAACAAACUCGACGUCAUAUUGGAAAAGGUGUUCGUCUUUACUACAUUGGUGGCGAAGUUUUUGCCGAAUGCUUGAGUGAUUCAAGCAUAUUUGUUCAGAGUCCGAAUUGUAAUCAAAGAUAUGGCUGGCAUCCAGCUACUGUUUGCAAAAUUCCACCUGGUUGCAAUUUGAAGAUAUUCAAUAAUCAAGAAUUCGCGGCUCUUUUAUCACAAUCUGUGUCACAAGGCUUCGAAGCUGUUUACCAAUUGACGCGAAUGUGUACGAUUCGCAUGUCAUUUGUCAAGGGAUGGGGUGCUGAAUACAGACGACAAACUGUAACAUCUACACCGUGCUGGAUUGAAUUACAUUUGAAUGGGCCACUUCAAUGGCUUGAUCGUGUACUAACACAAAUGGGAUCACCGCGUCUACCAUGCAGUUCUAUGUCUUAAAGAAGUUAUUUAAAUAUUCUAAUUUUAGAAACAAAAGAUGGAAAAAUGAAAUGAAAAAAAAAAUCAUAUAAAAAACCAAUGAAAAGAAAAACAAACCACACAAAGAAAAAUGAAUUAAAAAUGGCAACAACAGUCAUAAUCACUUGCAUACACAUCAAAAAAAAAAUUCAACUUCAGAAGAAUAUUUUUAUACAACAUUUUUAUACCAGUGAGAAAAAAUAACGCUCUAAAAGAAUUGCUCUAAAAACCAUUACCACACUUAAAUGAAACUCUUUCUGAUUUAAUUUUCUUCCGGUAUUUUAGUUGCUCAUUUUGAAAUUCCUCGAUUCAAACACAAACUCACUGGAGCAAGAGGAAUGUGACAGCAAUUUUGUUUGAAAAAGAAAAUAACCAUAUUCAUCCGUAGAUAAAUUGAACAGCUAUAAAUAAAACGUAACGAUAAAUAAUAUUUUAAAUAUUAAUUGAGUUUCAAGCCAAACCAGUCAUAUUUUUUAAACAAUGAAACUUUUAAAUAAUAGGAUCAAUAACCAACACAAUCCGUUUAGUCAGCAAAUCAAAUGUGUACAAAGACUUUUCUCUUUUUUUUUUAAAUAUCGAAACAUACAAAUAAAAUAGUUCAUGUCGAGGCCAUCAAAUAAAUUGUACGUCGAAGAUUCAACUGAUACGAACAAAAUAAAAAGACCAUCCACAAUUCAAGAUGAAAAGAAAAAGAUUGAAAUUGGCACUCGACGAUAUGUAAAUACUGGUAUUGUUAAUAAUUUUUAAUGUUAAAUAGAUUACAAAUAACAAAUGAGAUAAAAAAAAACACACACACACACACACUUGCACACACAAUACCGAAGAAAAUGAAAACCGAGUCAACUACGCAUUUAAAACGAGAUUAAGCAACGUCUACCCCCUCAAAGAAUUUACACAACAUAAAAAAAGAAAACAAAAUAUAAAAUCAUUUAUAGAGAACCUUUUUUGCUUAGUUUUUACAGUGUAUGAGAUACAAAGUGAUUGGCAUGGCAAUUUUAUAAGGAAAACAAAAAAUUGAAGAAAAAAAUGAAUGAUAGAAAAAUGGUUUAUUUUAAUUUAAAAAUAAUGACGAGGAAUUAAUUAAUCAUAUGUUCUGACGUCGUAGAUUUCAGAGGGUUGGUAAAUUUAAAAUUUGUCUGAAAUAUCUGGAAAGGAAGGAAUUUUUCUUUAAUUGCCAUUUUUUUAUAAAAAAAUACAGAGGUGUUAUUUUCAAGUCGCUCUUCAGAGGAGAGCUGGACCCACUGGACCUUCGUCGGAACCAUAUGUAAUGACUCCGAUUUGAUUUCAUUGCGAAAAUAGUAAUUUUAAAUUACAAAAUUAGCACACAUUGUCGACAUUGUGUGCAACAUUGUUUUAUUUUUCCACAUUUUUUUUCAAUUCAUUAUAUUUCUCUAUGUAUAAAACAAAGGGAAGGAAUGAAAAUCGAAAGUCAUGAUGAAGAAAAUGUUAAGUUUCAAAAAAGAAUUGUUAUUACGCAUAAACGUAAUUUUGGAUACAGACCAUUUUUCAGAAGCAAAAAAAAACAUACGUCAUAAUUUUGUGAUUUUAUUUUUUAAAUUAAAAAAAAAGCCAAGAGACGAAAACAAUAAACCUUUUAAGCAUGAAUUAACCGGAAAAAAGUGGAAAUGGAACUAAAUUAGAUGCAUCGUGAUAGCAGUUUUAAGGCGAUAUAAAAAUGAAUGAAACGAAAGAAAAUGAAAAUACUAAUGAUAUAUUGGAAAUUCGAAAUUAAAAUUAUUAUUGUACGUUAUUUGGUUUUCAAAAUUUUAUUUAGAACGACGAAAAAAAAAUUUUUAAUUGAAAUUUGGAGUUAUUUUUAUGUAUACAAACAUCAUUGGCCUCACGGCAAAAUAUUUAAAAAAAGAAAAAUUCAUAUUUAAUAACAUGAAGUUAUUAGACGGAUGUAUUGAUUACAUUAACAAGAUUAUAUUGUAUUAUUGGAUAAAUUACAAUACAAAAGAAAACAAAAUUA